AUGGGCGUCCGUCCUUUCCGACGGCUGAUCAGGUGGGUUUCAUAUCGGAAUAAAAAAACUAAAAACUAUUUUUUUCAGCACAAUAUUUUCAAGCCCCUCCGAAGUGCGACAACGCGUUUCUUCAUCGUCUGCCGCCACGGCUUUCCUGCGUCUAGGAAGAUGGGCGUCCGUCCUUUCCGACGGCUGAUCAGGUGGGUUUCAUAUCGGAAUAAAAACUAAAACUAUUUUUUCAGCACAAUAUUUUCAAGCCCCUCCGAAGUGCGACAACGCGUUUCUUCAUCGUCUGCCGCCACGGCUUUCUGCGUCUAGGAAGAUGGGCGUCCGUCCUUUCCGACGGCUGAUCAGGUGGGUUUCAUAUUGGAAUAAAAACUAAAACUAUUUUUUCAGCACAAUAUUUUCAAGCCCCUCCGAAGUGCGACAACGCGUUUCUUCAUCGUCUGCCGCCACGGCUUUCUGCGUCUAGGAAGAUGGGCGUCCGUCCUUUCCGACGGCUGAUCAGGUUGGUUUCAUAUCGGAAUAAAAACUAAAACUAUUUUUUCAGCACAAUAUUUUCAAGCCCCUCCGAAGUGCGACAACGCGUUUCUUCAUCGUCUGCCGCCACGGCUUUCUGCGUCUAGGAAGAUGGGCGUCCGUCCUUUCCGACGGCUGAUCAGGUGGGUUUCAUAUUGGAAUAAAAACUAAAACUAUUUUUUCAGCACAAUAUUUUCAAGCCCCUUCGAACUGCGACAACGCGCUCCAUCACCGUCUAGCCCCACGGCUUCCUGCGUCUAGGAAGAUGGGCGUCCGUCCUUUCCGACGGCUGAUCAGGUGGGUUUCAUAUUGGAAUAAAAACUAAAACUAUUUUUUCAGCACAAUAUUUUCAAGCCCCUCCGAAGUGCGACAACGCGUUUCUUCAUCGUCUGCCGCCACGGCUUCCUGCGUCUAGGAAGAUGGGCGUCCGUCCUUUCCGACGGCUGAUCAGGUUGGUUUCAUAUCGGAAUAAAAAAACUAAAACUAUUUUUUUCAGCACAAUAUUUUCAAGCCUCCUUCAAACUGCGACCACGCGUUUCCUCCACCGUCUAGCCUCACGGCUUCCUGCGUCUAGGAAGAUGGGCGUCCGUCCUUUCCGACGGCUGAUCAGGUUGGUUUCAUAUCGGAAUAAAAACUAAAACUAUUUUUUCAGCAAAAUAUUUUCAAGCCCCUCCGAACUGCGACAACGCGUUUCUUCAUCGUCUGGCCUCACGGCUUCCUGCGUCUAGGAAGAUGGACAUCCGUUUUAGCCGACGGCUGA